CUCGCAUAAGAAAGCAUAUCAUAUCAACACAAUAAUCCGUAUACAAGGAUGGCACGUGCAAUGCACGUGCCCACAAACUAGUCUCCGAAAGAAUACCCCGUUCGUCGUCGUCGUCGUCGUCGUCCUCCUCCUUCUCCUCCACCUCGCCGCUGCCGCCGCCGCCGCCGCCGCCGCUUUCUUCCUCCGCCUCCUUUCGAUGGGCUACUACAGGCGAGCUUCGUCGCACGCCCUGAGAUCCCUGAAAUGCCCCUCUCUCUUGUCCAGGCUCUCCCCAGCUCCUGCCAAUUUCGACUUGCUCCACCGCCGCCUGAUUGGCGGCGGCGGCGGCGGCGGCGCCUUCUCCUCCCCUAGUUUCGGCUUCAGCCAUGGCUUCUGUUCUCACUCCCGCUCGAAUCUCAAGGAGAGCGCCGUCGACUUGAGCCAGUACCCUCCGGAAAGGAUAAGGAACUUCUCCAUAAUCGCGCACGUCGACCAUGGGAAGUCCACGCUCGCCGACCGUCUCUUGGAGCUCACGGGGACUAUCAAGAAAGGCCAUGGUCAGCCUCAGUACCUCGACAAGCUGCAGGUAGAGAGGGAAAGGGGAAUAACAGUGAAAGCGCAGACGGCGACAAUGUUUUAUAAUUACAACCACGAUGGCCUUAAGGCAGAGGAGGGACAUGAAACUCAAGCCUUUCUACUUAAUCUUGUUGACACACCUGGUCAUGUCGAUUUCAGCUACGAAGUGUCGAGAUCGCUUGCAGCUUGCCAGGGUGUCCUUUUGGUUGUGGAUGCUGCCCAAGGCGUUCAGGCACAAACUGUUGCUAAUUUUUAUCUUGCGUUUGAGUCUGGCCUCACGAUAAUACCUGUAAUAAACAAAAUAGACCAGCCAACUGCUGACCCUGAACGCAUUAAAGCCCAAUUGAUGUCAAUGUUUGAUCUUGACCCGAGUGAUGCUCUUCUGACUUCUGCCAAGACUGGACAAGGUCUUGAGCAAGUGCUACCGGCUGUAAUUCAGCGCAUAGCUCCUCCUCCUGGGAAGAGUAAUUCACCUCUGCGAAUGCUUCUAUUAGAUUCCUACUAUGAUGAAUAUAAAGGAGUGAUCUGCCAUGUGGCUGUAGUUGAUGGUACUGUGCGGAAGGGGGAUAAAAUUUCCUCGGCUGGAACUGGUCAUUCUUAUGAAAUACUGGAUAUAGGUGUUAUGCAUCCUGAACUCACCCCUACUGGAGUCCUUUUAACAGGACAAGUGGGUUAUAUUGUUAGUGGAAUGCGAUCAACCAAAGAAGCGCGGAUAGGAGACACUCUGUAUCACAGCCGAAACACUGUGGAGCCCCUUCCAGGUUUCAAGCCUGCAAAGCACAUGGUUUUCUCUGGUCUUUAUCCAGCAGAUGGUUCCGAUUUUGAGGUACUUAAUCAUGCAAUAGAAAGGCUUACAUGCAACGAUGCCAGCGUCUCAAUUAGCAAAGAAAGUAGUACAGCUCUUGGCCUUGGUUUCAGGUGUGGUUUCCUAGGUUUGCUUCACAUGGAUGUUUUUCAUCAACGGCUUGAACAGGAGUAUGGAGCUCAUGUCAUUUCAACUGUUCCAACUGUGCCAUAUAUUUUUGAGUAUUCUGAUGGAAGCAAAUUAGAAGUUCAGAAUCCUGCCUUGUUGCCGUCAAAUCCCAAAAGUCGGGUGACAGUCUGCUGGGAACCUACGGUUAUAGCUACCAUUAUUAUUCCUAGUGAGUAUGUUGGAUCUGUCAUCACACUUUGCUCUGAGAGGCGAGGUCAGCAGCUGGAAUACUCAUUCAUUGACAGCCAACGGGUCUUUAUGAAGUACCGGUUACCUUUGAGAGAGAUUGUUGUUGACUUUUAUAAUGAACUCAAGAGUUUGACAUCUGGAUAUGCUUCAUUUGACUAUGAGGAUGCAGACUAUCAGCAAUCUGAUUUAGUGAAGCUUGAUAUUCUCUUGAAUGGACAAACUGUUGAUGCCAUGGCGACAAUAGUUCAUACCUUGAAGGCACAGCGUGUUGGCCGUGAAUUGGUUGAGAAGCUGAAGAAAUUUAUAGACAGACAAAUGUUUGAGAUAAUUAUACAAGCUGCAAUUGGAUCAAAGGUCGUUGCAAGGGAGACGAUAUCUGCCAUGAGAAAAAACGUUCUUGCCAAGUGUUAUGGAGGGGAUGUUACGCGCAAGAGAAAGCUUUUGGAGAAGCAAAAGGAAGGAAAGAAGAGAAUGAAACGUGUUGGUUCUGUUGAUAUACCUCAAGAGGCCUUCCAUGAAAUCUUGAAGGUGGUAUAGAGAACCCUUGAAGUUAACUAGAGCAAAUUUACCGUGUUUGGUGUGGCGAACUGCUUUCAGUCUUAGGUUGCCGCUGUGUGAACGCUAGUUUGUGGGAUUGUGGCAUGGAGAAGACAAAAUGCAUGCAAUUUCAACAGCUUCUCUGAGAUGGAAACUGGUGAGGCAAGUCUGUGUUGUUUGCUUGCUGACAAACAUUAUUCCCGAUAUCUCAGAAGGUUUUAACAUGUCCUGAAGGGCAGCAACUUUUCUAUCCCGUGAUUCUACUCCAAGUUCAUUUUUUUGACAGUCAUCUAGCGAGUUUGGUCAGGCAGAGUACUGCAGGGUUAAGUCUUAAAGCACCACCUCUGAGGUGGGCGGGGCAAGUUUGCCAUGAAGUCUUUUCUCUCAUUCUUGUAUCAAUUGUAAUUGUGAUUGGGAAGCAUUUUGGUUCUUUCUACUUCCGUGGAUGGGGCAAUGGUGAAAGUCAAUUUAUUAUAUACCCUGUCCGUGUUACACUUAACAUUUACAUAAAUCUUUGUUAUGUAGAAGGAAUAGACUUAACAGUA